CACAGGCAUCCAUAACACCUGAGUGAACCCUGCUGCAUGUAUGCAUCUCCACGCAGCAGGGGUUCCGAGCAAUUGAGAGAGCAGGCCGUGAGAUAUCGCUUCGUUCGGAUAUACUCGCCUACGUAUCAACAUCCGCGGCCAUCUAGGAUAACGGCCAGUCGUUUCAGUAGCUAGAGUAGGUUCUUCAAGUAAGACCAUUGAAACGACACUUCCGUUGAGGCCUUAUAAAGGAUAUAGUUAAAUACUUCCGCUGUGUUCCAACACAAUUAUUAUACUGCACCAUAUGCUGGCAGCGCAAGCGUCGUAAACGUUCGCCCGUCGCUGGUCUCAGAAACAGCUAAAGCGGAGGAGCCUACAGCUUAUUCAUAGUAACCUCAGGCCGUACACUCCAGGUCCAGUUCUAUGGGAGGCGCAUCACAGAAGACAAGGCUGCUGCAGAGCCUUAGCUGUGUGGCCGCUCAUGCAAGGCCUGCAUCGCUUGGCGGGCUGCUGAGCUCCACCGCUGCCUCACGGCCAGCUCUACUGCCUCAGAGGGUGCCCAGCAGUUCGCUGUCCACCUGUAAUGUCGCAUCACGGUUGCUCCCGGUUUCUGCUUUCCAGCCCGCCCUUCCCUCUCCCAGUCGCACGAUGCUGCCCUUGCUGGAGGGGCUUACGGGAAACGCGGCUGCUGCAGCAGCAAGUCGGGCUUUUCCGGCAGGCGGUACUUCCCUCACCGCUAUUGCGCGAUGCAUGUCGACAGGAUCUAGCACCCACACCCACUCUCCCUGGCAGAUAUUUGCAGCGACUUGUAGGGCUGCCUACGUGCUCUUGAAGGCAGUGCUUGGGGUGGUCUUCUCGAUGGUCCUGUUUUUUGUGAGCGUAGAAGCCUUUGGGCCAUUCCUAUGCGGUGCCCUGUGCCUCGUUCCGGCGAUGGCUAGAAUCCGACGUUUCGGCAACCUAACAUCCCGGUGGACGUUCCCUGACAACUUCUAUGCUACAUGCUUGGCAUACGCGGGCGUGUCUGCCGUUGUGAUAACGGAGAUCGAAAAGGUGCCGUACACCCUCCGCCUGCAUAAGAUCAAGUCAAUGGCGCCCAAAACUGGCGGGCAGUACGUACCGGCACGGCCACUUGAGGACUUCUUCGCUGAGGCCAGCUCCAUUGUGGGCUGGCGGAACCAGCUGCUCCCCGCCGACCACCCUGACGUGGUGCGAGUGCGGAGGGUGCUGCAGCGGCUGGCUGCUGCUGCUGCGGGCCGGGGUGGGGGCCAGUACGACCACAUGCGGGCUGACAUGCCGUGGGCGGUGGCGGUGGUGGCACCCGUGGUUGGGGCCAGCGAGGAGCAGCUCAAGCAGCGCCGGGAAGAUUGGAUGGCCGGGCGCGAUGACAGCCAGAAGUUUGAUACACCAGCCCAUGAAGUCGGGUUGGCGUAUGACUACCCAAUCUGCGUAAUUCCCCGAGGCGAAGACAAGAUGCACGAGGUCCUGCUCAACCAGCGCACGUUGCAGCUGGCGGGGGAGGAUGAGUCACUGCUGGCCGCAGCGCUGGCGCACAAGCUGGCGGUAAAGCUGGCACGGCAUGAGGUUGAGGACCGUAAAUUCCAUGUGCUUGGACACUUGGGAGUGAUGCUUGAGGACGAGGAUCCCGAGGUUCCUGUGUGGCACAGGCGCACGCACGAGGCCGACUUCAUUGCCGUACACCUGCUGUCCGAGGCCGGGUACGACCCCGCGGGCAUGGUACGAUGGCUGGAGCGCAUCCAGGAGCAGGAGCAGCGGGGGAAAGAGCAGCGGGAGCAGGACCAGCGGGAGCGAAAGCAGCACAAGAGUUCACCCUCAGAGAAGGAGACGGGGCAGCAGAAGUCUGCUGAUGACCCGGUGGCACUCAACCGCCAGCAGCGUGACGCCACGUAUGCCUCUUGGCCCCUAUCGGACGACCUGUUCCUGGCGCCUGUCAAGGAGCGGUUGCGACGGGUGCAGCAGCAGCUUAGACGCAUGGACGAGGCCGGCCAGCUGAAGCAGCAGCGCGCACAGCACACCGUCAACUCCUGAGCGGAAGGUUUGGAAUUAUGGGCGGCCGGCGGCGGCUGCAAUGUGCUAGCUUGAUCGCGAGGGCCUUAACAAUAUACACGCUAGGAGUACUUGGUUAGGGUGGCAAGGGAUAUGCUUCUGUGUCGAUGUUGGGUCAGUUACAACGAAGCGACGUGGCGGUGGCCAUGGUGGCUGUGUCCUGGAAAUGAUAGUAGCCAUAAGCAGCAGCAGGGAGCAGCAGCUGGGUAUAAGCUAUUACUAGGAAACAGUGGGCUCGCUCACGCACACGUCGGCACCUGCCAAGGCGCUGGAUAGUAGCCUUCUUUUUUUGCUGUGGUAGGUCGUGAUGGGACAUGAGCUAGCUGUCUCCCAGUUAGAAGCAGAGCACGUACAAAUCUGCAAGUUGUGAGGGGCUCCCAUAGUAAUAACCAGAGCGUACAUGGAUGUGAACAAAGAGGUUGCAUGCGGCGCAGUGCAGUUUAUUUACAACUACCGGUGAGAUGUCUAGGCACGUAGAUAACGCUGUGCUGCAACUAAACGCUCUUGGAAUGUGUUAGAAUUACGACUAUACGAGCCCUGUGGUGCUUUGCAUGGUGCCCUGUGAUCAGCACGGUAUGCGUACGAGUGCCCCGCAAAAGCCUACCGUGCAGAUGCCGUACGUCAAUGUGCCCCAAAAGGUUGUCUGUGGCUAUUUAUGUUGGGC